GCUUUAUUUUCCAAUGUUCCUGGUCCCGAUCUUGAAUUCCUAAUGAAAAGUGAGCUGACAAAGCGUGAAAGUGGUCUACGCCAGCAAGCCUGCUUUUGGUGAGCCAAAAGUUAAUCAAUAUUCCAGAAACCCCAGGGCUCUCCCGGCCUCCGCGGUGCAGUUUUCGUUUCCCCACUCCCCCUUUCCCGCGCCAGGCUCCUCCCCUUUUCUUAAGUGGCCCUGAUAGUAACUUGCAGUUUCCGAGCACACGAGGAGGGUCUGGCCAGCCUGCUACUAGCUGGGUCCUGCUGCUCCGUCGUAGCUGCCGAGACCUCUCCUUGUCACUGCCUGGGCUGUCCUCCACCCGCUGGAAAACCAGCGAAGUUGUGUUCUCUACUACCACAGAGGAGAUCUGACGGUUCUGAGGUAAUUCCAAGACACUAAAGUGCAAAGAAGAGACACUCUCAGAAAACUGAAACAUGACCAAAAGCCAUGGGGAAGAGCCCAGGAUGGGCGGCAGGAUGGAGAGAUUCCAGCAAGGAGUCCGCAAACGCACACUUUUGGCGAAGAAGAAAGUGCAGAACAUCACAAAGGAGGACGUUAAAAGUUACCUGUUCCGCAAUGCUUUUGUGCUGCUCACUGUCACUGCUGUCGUUGUGGGAACAAUCCUUGGAUUUGCCCUCCGACCGUACAGAAUGAGCUACCGGGAAGUCAAGUACUUCUCCUUUCCUGGGGAGCUUUUGAUGAGGAUGUUACAGAUGUUGGUCCUACCACUUAUCAUUUCCAGUCUUGUCACAGGAAUGGCGGCCCUAGAUAGUAAGGCAUCAGGGAAGAUGGGGAUGCGAGCUGUAAUCUAUUACAUGACUACCACCAUCAUUGCUGUGGUGAUUGGCAUAAUCAUUGUCAUCAUCAUCCAUCCUGGGAAGGGCACAAAGGAAAACAUGUACAGAGAAGGCAAAAUUGUCCAGGUGACUGCUGCAGAUGCCUUCCUCGACUUAAUCAGGAACAUGUUCCCUCCAAAUCUGGUAGAAGCCUGCUUUAAACAGUUUAAAACCAACUAUGAGAAGAAAAGUUUUAGAGUACCCAUCCAGGCCAACGAGUCUCUCUUGGGUGCCGUGAUAAACAACGUGUCAGAGGCCAUGGAGACACUCACGCGGAUCAAGGAGGAGAUGGUCCCAGUGCCGGGAUCUGUGAAUGGGGUCAACGCCCUGGGACUGGUUGUCUUUUCCAUGUGCUUCGGCUUUGUGAUUGGAAACAUGAAGGAGCAAGGGCAAGCCUUGCGGGAGUUCUUUGAUUCUCUUAACGAAGCCAUCAUGAGAUUGGUCGCAGUGAUAAUGUGGUAUGCCCCCCUGGGUAUCCUCUUCCUGAUUGCAGGGAAAAUUGUUGAGAUGGAAGAUAUGGGCGUGAUUGGAGGGCAGCUUGCCAUGUACACGGUGACUGUCAUCAUCGGCCUCCUCAUUCACGCCGUCAUUGUCCUACCUCUCCUAUACUUCCUGGUAACCAGGAAGAACCCUUGGGUCUUCAUUGGAGGUUUGCUGCAGGCACUCAUCACAGCACUGGGGACCUCUUCAAGUUCUGCCACCCUGCCUAUCACCUUCAAGUGCCUGGAAGAGAACAAUGGCGUAGACAAACGUGUCACCAGAUUUGUGCUCCCUGUGGGGGCCACCAUUAACAUGGAUGGGACAGCCCUCUAUGAGGCUUUGGCCGCCAUUUUCAUCGCUCAAGUCAACAACUUUGACCUGAACUUUGGACAGAUUAUCACAAUCAGCAUCACAGCUACCGCUGCGAGUAUAGGGGCAGCUGGGAUUCCUCAGGCGGGCCUGGUCACCAUGGUCAUCGUGCUGACAUCGGUGGGCCUGCCCACUGACGACAUCACGCUCAUCAUCGCAGUGGACUGGUUCCUGGACCGCCUCCGAACCACAACCAACGUACUGGGUGACUCCCUGGGAGCUGGCAUCGUGGAGCAUUUGUCACGACAUGAACUGAAGAACAAAGAUGUGGAAAUGGGUAACUCAGUGAUUGAAGAGAAUGAAAUGAAGAAACCGUACCAGCUGAUUGCCCAGGACAGUGAAACUGAGAAACCUCUUGACAGCGAGACCAAGAUGUAGACUAACAGAGAUGCUUUCCUGAGCACCAGGGCAUUGACACCAUCAUGAAAUGAGUCCCUCUCGUCAGGCUCAAUCUUUCCAGUGAGCCCUUUCCCUCCUCUUCUCCCCACUCUGGUAGGACUGGAAGGAAUUCACCCCAAAAGGGAGGAUUUUUGUGGCAGCCAAAAUGUAUCGUUUUCAUCCCACAUUAACAAUUUGAAAAUCAUCUCCUAUUAGUCUUACGUAAUAAGGUAGUAGGAUCAAAGCUCAUCUUGAUCAGGUCUCCCCAAUUUAUGUGGAAUAGGACCCCACAAAUGUGACUGUUUUAUAAGUUAAAGAGUCUAACAACUAGGCUAAAAUAUUUUAAGUCUACUUUCAAGUUACAAAAAGCCUUCUGAACAUUCAUCUCAAAACACAGCAACACACUGAAAAGCAAUCAGCUGUCAGUUGGAUAGUAGAAAAAAUUGUUCCCCUCUCCUGAUUUGUGGCUUCAUUUUACUGGAAGUGAGAAAAUGUACAAAGGUAUCCCACAGAGCUGGGAGGAGGGACAGCAAGUGAGACUUCCACGUGGCUGCGGGCAGGUUGCAUCGGAUCUCUAGGCCUCAGCGUCCUCGUCUGCAUGAUGAAUGACUUCCCUAGGUGCCUCUGUGGCCUCUCGGGCCCAAUCUUCUUGUGACGUCACAAAAGAGCCAGCCUGCACUUCCCCCAUGGAACUCCCUGCACCCAGGAUCAGUCGAUGGAGUGUGGAGCUCUGAGAAAGAGCACUUCAUGGAAGUGAACACUUCUGCAAUGGGACAGGAUGGAGUGCGGUUGGUUCCCCAGCUCCUGCUUCUAACCAUCAGUUAGGCAAGUUGCAGAGGGAAGGCCAUUCCAGGAAAGGGAUCAUGCACGUUAUUCUUGGCCUAGUUAUUUCCAACAAGAGAAGUAUUCCCUUCUUUCCUCCUCUCCUCAACCUGAAGGGACUGCUUGGGGAGGAUGCCUCCCACCACUCAACUGACUAAAGAUCCUUAGGAAAUACACAGAGUAGCAACUACAAGGGUGCUGGUGGUCUAUUAUGGAACACUACAGAGCUAGAGAAGAGGGGAACAUGACUGAUAUCAGAAAGGAUUUUCUAAGACAAGGGUUUAGAUCUUCCUUGAGGAAAAAUAAAAGGAAGAGCUUCAUUUGGGCCCUUUUUUUUCUAACCCAACACAGUUUUUCUUUUCAGUUUUGAGUUGUUUCCCCCAGGAAACAUACACACAAAAAUAGUCCUUCUUACAUAUUUUUGGAGAAGUCAAAUGAAUGCACUAAUGCAGGUCCAAGAGCAGAGUUGGUGGCCUCUUUUCUGAAAAUAGUUUUUGCUUUCAUCAGGUCUUACAGAAAUGAAAUACUUAUUUGAGUUGAAAUCCCACUUAGCAAAUUAUUCAAAACUUGUAGCUACAGCAGGGUUUGCUUUAUUUUUUUCUGUGUGCCUAAGAGAUACAGCAGAAGACAAAUCAGUAGGAAGACAAUGUCGAUGAGGUUGCAAGGAAAGACAGCAGUGGCAUUAGUUUCAGCCAAGACAGCUCCCAGGUUGAAGAGAUUCAUUUUUGUCCCCUAAAAGAGUAUUCAGUCAAAGAUACUCAGCAGGAGCUGUCAGACGGUACCAGCUGUGUUUGAGUUUCUGCCUAGAAAUGGCAAAGAAUAGAUUUAAUCAUGCUAACAAACUGAAAAUCUAGACCUACACCCUCUGAUAUACAAUUAGAAAUUUAUUUUAUAGAGCCCCUGAGCACUAUGUGCAUGUAAAAGUUAACAUUAGGCUGUGAUAGAGUAACCAUUUAAUGCUGAGGCUCUAUGUGGGGAAUACACUACACAAAUUAAUGUACAAGGCAGCCGUGACACCAGUAGAGCAACAAUUAAUUGUGUCAAAGUAACUCUGCUACACGGUGUGAUGUUUUUUAUACUAACCAUUUCUUAUGAAAGCAGGUCCUCUAGGGCGAUUCUCUGGCCAGCCGGCACAGGCUCUGCAUAUAUACGCGCCUAGUGUGGACCAAAAGGCGUUACUGUAUAGGUGUAUUUUCAAUAAAG